UGGGGGUGUAAGCUGUGGUGGUGGUGGCUGUGUGAGUGUUGCUCCUAUGGUUGGUGGUCCUCAGCCGUUAUCCUGGAGUAGGUGAUGCUGAGCUCUCAUCCGGGCAUCAGGCAUGGGGAAAUUGCAGAGCAAGCUACGCAAACGCUCAGAGCGAUACAGAGCUGGCAGGGAGAGCGGUGAGCCUGUGGCCCCUCAGGUGGUGCAGUAUGAGCCUGCUCACAACGACGCCGUCAACUGUGUCAUCAGCCUGACCUCUGAACUCUGCGUGUCGGGGGGGAAUGACCAGGCAGUUGUUGUGUACGACUGGAAAAGCGGAACGCGAUGCCAGACCUUUUAUGGUCACAGCAGAGAGGUCACCAAGGUGACCUCUCUCAAUGGCAGCACGUGGCUCUUCAGUGCCUCCCGGGACAAGUGCGCCCUCAUGUGGCAGAUGGGGGAUGAUGCAGAACCCGUGCAGGAGUUCUUUGGCCAUGAGCUAGUGGUCAACGGACUAGCAGUCAGCCCAGAUGGCAGAAAGCUGUGCACUGGGUCACGUGACAACUCCAUGUGCCUUUGGGACAUUGAGUCUGGAGACUGUCUUCAGAAGAGCACCAUCUCACGAAACCUGGUGACUCAUGCGUGCUGGGUUCCAGGUAGUACAACAAUAGUUCAAACCUCUGAGGACAAAACAGUAAGGGUGUGGGACAGCCGUACAUGGCAGGUCACCCACACGUUCCCCACCAAGCGCCAGAUCCAGACGCACUGUGACAUCAGCUCCGACUGCUACCACGUGCUCUCAAGCAGCAACGGAGUCAGCGGACAAGGAUGCGAAGCCACGCUGUGGGACCUGAGGCAGCCUGGCUGCAAGGUGGUGGAGUACCGAGGCCAUCAGCAGUCGACGGCGUGCUGUGUGUUCCUGCCGCGUGGCCCCGACUGCGGAGCCAUGGUGGCGUCCUCCUCGCACGACUGCUCCGUCAAACUCUGGGACAUGAACAGCGGAGCGUGUCUGUACACUCUGACUCUGGACGGCGCCGGGCCCCUGUUGUCUCUUGCCCCGUCGGACCCCUCCAACCUGCUGUGUGCCAGCUUCAACAUGGGCCUGCACCACCUGCAGAUCAGCUAUAUGCCCAGCCUACACAUGAAGGUCCUCUCCAGGUUCUGAGCAACCUUGUAGUCCCAAAUCGUCUGAAGGAUCUACCAAGUCCAGCUACAAGACCACCAUCCCUGGCUUGUCGUCGUCCAGGUCUGCACACUAUGGUGCUGGCACAUCCACACUCAUAUCCAGGUUGUGAUUGAACCAACCACCCACCCUACACAUGAAGGUCACCUGACCUUGAAUCCCAAAUCACUGGCUGACACAUACCUUUCUCCAGGUCUGCACACCAUGGUGCUACUGGUACAACACUGGUACAACACCCAUCCUCUUCUCCUUAUUCUGAAGGAUCUACAAGUCAAUGUUCAACUACAGGACCACCAUCCCUGACUUAGCUUUCUCCAGGUCUGAAGGCCAUGGCACUGGUAUGCUUACUGUACCGUCAUAUCCAGGUUCUGAGUGAUGUGCCCAUUUACCAGGCCUUACUAUCAUCUAGGAGCUGUGAACCAGGUUCCAAUCCUCAGUCUGAAGGUUAUCACUAGGCUCUGAGCGACCUUGCAUUCCUAAUCACAGAUCCCUAGCUCCACAAGCCCUUUGCCGAUUGUUGAAACUCUCCAGCAGGUUUACACACCAUUUUGGUGACCCCAUGCUCAACCUUAGUCAAGGAGCCACGUUCUGAGUGAUAUACAAGUCCCCGUCUACUCACUGUCUACUCUGCCUGACCUUCUGUCCUUGUGGGGAUGUUGUAGCUGUGGUGGUUCUGAGUGGUACACAGUACAAAUCCACAUCUACACCCCCUUAACCUACCUUCGUUCUGGUCUACAAUAAACCAGACACGUACCCCUCAACCUCAAAGUGGUUUCUAAGUUAAUUGGAGAGAAGAGUCCAUGGACUCUGAUGAAGAUGGUACAACCAUCAAGACGUUAGACCCUAUGCUGUGCACUUGAUGAAAAUAAGGAAAGUAUUGCAUUGGUGCUGCUCCGGUGUCUCCGGUGUCUCUCUGGACAGAGAUGUGCUGUCUGUCUCCCGUUGAUGGAUCAGAUCACAACACAGAAGCGUGUGGAAUCAUCCCCUUGUUGGUUUCUAUAUUUUCUUCAUCACAGCCACUAUGGUUCCACUAUGAGUACUGUGCCACCAGGCUCAUCCCCUGCUCUACUCCUGAGCCAUAAUGUCCCGAACUGAACUCAUUCUGCAAUCACAGGGGGGAUGGUUGUGACAGGCAGGUCAUGUGAACUGACCAGUGGGCAGACCAACCAACCAACCAACAGGGUAACUCAGGGACCUCAGUCAAGUGCAAGCAUGCGCAGGACCUUUUCAAGACUUUUUUGUUAUUAUGUUUCACAUACAAGUUAUUUGACCGGCAGCAGCACUAUCAUUGGGGGACCUGGUUCUUGUCACCGAUAUCCUUCUCUUGUCCGGAAAAGAAAAAUGUUAGGAGGGGGUACCCCAAAUGUUGCCCUGUUACGCUGCAUUCACAUAUUAACAGGCUCAGGGAUUACAGUCUGCUUUGUGGUCAGCGAUGCCACUAAACAAACACUGUGAUGAUGAGCCAAAGUGGCAUAACAAACACUACUCAUGAACUAUGAAUUGCAGUGGCAUUGGUGAAGAUGACAAGAUGAUGAUGAUGAUGAUGAUGAUGAUGAUGAUGAUGAUGAAGCAGAUGAUGAAAACAAAUCAUGUGACUAAUCAUGAGAUGAAUUAUGAUCAUGUCAGAGGGAGCUUGAUAUGGCAGCAUGAGAGAUCCAACAUCUUGAUGAACCUUUGUUAUUAUUAAGAAAGAUAUAGCUGAGUUGAUCUGAGACCAUAGUCACUGAAGGGUUAAUCUUGGUGCGUAAAGGUCAGGAUUUGUCUGGCACAUUAGCCUUGAAAGACUAUAUUCUAUUGAAUUCUAUUCUGAAAAGAUAGACAUUUCAUUUCAUUGUUUUCUUUUUCUUUUUGCUAAGGCAAUGUGUUCCUGUGACCAAGGUUUGCAAAUGAAAAGAAAUUAAACAAAGUAAGGAUAAUGAGCCACAAGUACGACGAGAA